UGCCCAGUUCCCUUGGUUGGAAAGCGGCUACUUUUUCAAAGAAUGAGACCUACUAGGUAGUAGUUAAAGGUGCUGCUGCUGCUGCUGCGGCUGUUGAUGCUGAACCACCGGCAGCAUUAUCGAUGCGCUCACUACAGCGUUGCUUGCCAGCAAUGUAAGGGUUAUUGGUCGCCAUUGCAGCAUGGAUGUGAUGGCAAUGCGAGUUAUUCUCACCAGAACACCCGUCCAGCCUGCCACCGACCAAAUCGCCUCACAGCAAACUGCCUGAUCCCCACUUAUUUUCAUGCACCGGACCGGGCGGGUCUGCGGGCGAGUUGUAAUUUACACUAUACGUACAGUCCUGAUUCAGAAGGCGAAAACUACUCACUAGACUAGUACUCCGUACGGAGCACUCAAUACACAUCGACCCCAGAAGCUCCGAGCCGCCCGGGAGCAGUCUCCCUCCACUGGACUGUUCCUCGAAUUAUCCCG